AUGCCUGGGUAUUUUCCCAAGGACGGCGGUUGGCCUACGAUUGCGAAGACCACCCCGGGCCUCAUUCGCGGAACCGUCACCAAGCAUCUAGACUUGUAUGUCCCAUCUAUGGACAAGACAAUACUCGCCCAGUUGGAGGCGCUGGAGCUGCAGGAUGGCGAAUGCGUGGUCAACUGUUUUGAUUUCGCCUAUUCCAUCGUGGCUCGGAUUGGUAGCCUUGCCCUUGUCGGCCCUCGCCUGGCCCAGGAUGAGGAGUACCUGAAGGCAGCGAAGGAUCACAUCCUUGGUAUGAUCGUGACCGCUCGCGUUCAGUUUCUGGUUCCAAAUUUCCUCAAACGAUACAUUGGCGGAAUCAUCAGUCGUCUGACUUCUUGGAGCAUGCGAUGGAAUAUGCAUUCCUCGCGCAAGGUCCUGCUUAAGCACUUUGAUGCACGAGGUGCAGAAUACGACAAGGAUAUUGCCAGUGGCGGCAGCGUGGAGGACAAGCAGUCCAAUCCCACCAGCGCAGCGGAGCCGGUUGAGUUCUUCCGGUGGCUGUACGAGAGCUGCACCAUCCGCCACCGUUGGUCGUACGCCGAGGUGAUUGGAGAAAUGCUGCUGCUCCAGUUCGCGUUCAUCUAUACAACAGCUUAUGGAUUGUACGGCGCCUUGGCCGAGCUUGCCCAGCGUCCCGAGUAUAUCGAGCCCCUGCGCGAAGAGAUCGAGAGCAUUCUCGCAGAAACAGAAUCUUCCGUCGCAGCCUGUGAUCGCAUGGUCCGACUCGAUAGCUUUCUAAAGGAAUGCCAGCGCCUGCAUCCUCCUUCGGCCGUCUCUGCCCAUCGCGUCUGUCUCGAGCCACUCGAGCUUUCGAACGGCACAGUCCUCAAGGCCGGCUCCCACGUUGGCGUUCCCAGCUGCUGGAUCCACCGAUCCAGCAAAAGUUAUGUUGACCCAGAGCUCUUCGAUGGCUUCCGCUUCGUCAAGAGAGCUGCCGCCGGCGGGACCAAUAACCGCUUCACUGACUUGAGCCCUGACUAUCUCGUUUUCGGAAUGGGCGUGCACGCCUGCCCCGGCCGAUGGAUGGCUAGUGUUCUCAUGAAGCUGGUGCUUGCGCACCUCAUCAUGCACUUCGAUAUCAUGCCCGGAUCCGCGAGUGCCCGGCUGACCGGGUCCCUCUCUUUCGAGGAGUUUUUUGUGCCCAACUUUGGACUCAAGGUGCACCUGCGUCGGCGUAAGAAGGUCGAGUAG